AUGCCAACAGAGUCUAGGAGAGCUCGGGGACGACCAUCAAAACGGGUGUCUCCGGCGGCUGCUACUCCUCCAACACCGGCGGCACCACCGGUGAUGGAAUCAGAAGAACCUGCAACUGAACCUAUAAUCAAACCUGAUGCGAUCAGGAUUAACCAAGAGACAACAAAGAAUUCAACUGAUAGCGAAACCCUAAAAACAGAGAAGAAGGGGAAUGAGGAACCUCAGAAGUUUUGGGUGGAUAUCAUUAGUGGGAAUCGAAUCCGGCAAAGGAAGGGUUUGCUUCGCACUCUACCUAUUUGGAUCAAACUGCCUCAAUUUCCUCUACACCUGUGGGGAGCAACGAAUUUGAACAAGAUAGGUAGUGCAAUUGGUAUACCUUUGGUCACUAAUGAAUGCAUCACACAUAAAUUGAGAGUGUCUUACGCGAGAAUUUUGGUGGAAGUUGACAUUACUCAGAAACUGCUUGGUGAAAUUACCAUUACGGAUAAUGAAGGCAGAAAGAGGAAGCAGGCCAUUGAGUAUGAAUGGAUACCUAAAUUUUAUGAGAGAUGCCAGAAGAUUGGGCACCAACGUGAGAAUACAGUUCAACAGAAGGUAUGGCAGCCAAAGAAAAAGAAGGAUGAGGUUGCAAAAUCAGAGCAAAGUAGGACAGAGAUUGAACAUCCGGAGGCUAGUGGAUUGGAUGCUCAGACUGAGGAUCCAAAGAUGCCAGUGGAAGAGAGGACCAUGUUAGCUGCAUGGAAUAUUAGGGGGCUAAACAAAGCUGAUAAGCUAAGGGAGGUUAGCUCCCAUAUCCUUAAGCUUCAACCUGAUAUUAUAGUUUUGAUCGAAACCAGGGUCAAGGAAAAUAAAGCCUCUGCUAUUAGAAAUAAGCUUCGCCUAAAAGGAGAUUACAUAGAUAACUAUUGCCACCAUGGUAAUGGGAGAGGAAGAAACUUUGGAAGGACUUGGAAGAUAUUCAUAAGAACCAACAAGGGGCCUUGGUGUGCUGUUGGAGAUUUUAACAAUGUGGCUUCUAGUCAGGACAGGAUUAGAGGGAACCUUGUUACUGAAACAAAAUAUGAGGAUUUCCAAGCUAUGAUGGACACAACUGGGCUAGGGGAAAUGGACAGCAAAGGUGAAUUCUUUACCUGGACCAACAAGCAGGCUAAUAAUCCCAUCUACUCUCGUAUAGAUAGAUUAUUAGCUAAUGUUGAGUGGCUCCAUACAAACAGUCAAGAUGUUCUCACUAUCCUUCCUCCCCAUGUUUCUGAUCAUGCAGUUUUAUACCUGACUACUCCAAGAAAUAAUUAUGGCAGGAGGCAGUUUAGAUUUAACAAUUGUUGGGUUAAUGUUGUCGGUUACAUGGAAUGUGUGGAAAGAAACUUGACUCAACCUGCUAGAGGAACUCCUAUGCAGAAACUUUGGUUUAAACUGAAGAGGUUGAAACCUGACUUGUUGAAGUUGCAGAAACAAACUAAUGAUAUCUAG